AUGGAUGAAUUAAAGAAGAAAAGAAGGACUUCGAUCCUUAAAAAGCGUGCAUCAACAGAAGAUGAUCACACUGAAAUAACAGUCAGUAAAUUCCCAAAAAAGGCUCAGUUUUCCCAAAAGAAGCAAGUUAAGGAAUUUACGCAAUGCGAAGAGAAUUUUACAAUUUGGGGCAACACAUAUGAAACAUCCGUUGCAAAAUCUGAAGGAUCAAGUGAUGGAUCAUCAACAUCACGUAAAAUCAGCGUCGAUUUUAGUCAUACUACGAUUAAUGUAACAACACAUGAAGCAUCAUCGAUGAAUGAAUCAGAAAAGGAGAAUGUAAUGGCAGAAAAGUCACUUCCAAGAGUUAGUAUUGAGCCAAGAUCUAGUUUAAAUAAUUUGAGUUCUGCAUCUAACUCUGGAUGUUCAAUUGAGUUAACAACAGUUGAUAUGAAUGCAAGUGAACGUAAAAGAGUCAAUAAAUAUGGAACAGAUAAUCUGAAUAUAACAAAUAUGCCAUUCGAUAGUUCAUUAAUCCACAACAAGCUCUUAAAUGUUCCUGGCAAAAACAAUCAAAAAGUUCUUUCGCCUAGAAAAAUGGUCUUCCUACAUAAAAAUCCAAAUCUGUCUGUAAUAAUCAAGGAUAAAGUUCUGAUGAGUCCUUCAGAAAUGGAUGACAAUGUUAGUGUAAGCAUGGAAGAUGAUGAGAGGCCAGACUAUGCCAAAACAACUGGUGUACAACGUAAAACAAUUGCUAAGCCAAUAGAUAUGAAUAUAUCUGUUGAACACAAAACUUCAGAAGUCAAGAAAAUUGCUAUUGAGGAAAAGCCAACAAUAUUAAAACAGCAGGCACCAAUACCUAAAAUUGUAACAUCAAUUUAUAAAACACCAGUUCUCGAAAAUCCACAAACAUCAAAGAUCGUACCUACAACAUUCAAAUUUCCAGAGCUUCCAAAAACAUUCAAUUUUCAACCACAAUGUUACGAUUCACCACCGAUUAAGCCAGCAGUUUUAGAGAACCAAAAGGAGGAAAUUGAUGAAUUAUUUGAAAUGAUGGUCUCGGAUACCCCUUCAAAGCUUUGUUGCUUAGGCAAGGCACAUACACCGUUAAGAUCAACACAAAAAGUUUUAUUUUCGACUUCUCGACCAACAACGUUAAGAAAAUCUACAGAUAUAUUCAAGGAAGUUGGAUUGCUAGACGACUCAAAAGAUGACAAGGUAAAGGCUAUCAGGAGAACAGUUUUUCAUAAUGAUUCCAUAAAAUUAGAAACUACAUACAAAGGUGAUAAUCGUAAAACGACUUUCGAUAAAGUCAAAAUGGAUGAAACGAUAGAAACGUUAAAGAAUAAGACGCAAAAUGAAGGCGAUUUGGAUAUUUCUUUUGAACCUGAAAUAAAAGUCAAUUUAGUUGCACCAAAAACUGAAAUUAUUGCUAAUGAAAUGGAAGAAACAUGCACAAACAACAAGUCAGCAGCACAAAAGUCCUUUUUUGAACUGGAUGACGAUGAUGCUAGCUGUUCUGUUGCUAAAAACCUCCAUUUGAUGAAACUUAAACCUGUUGAUUUUGAUUCUGUAGAGAAAUCUUUAAAACGAUCAACAUUAAGCAACGAUACAUGUAAUGCGACAAAUUUUAUUAUGGAACUUACAAAUAUUGAUGAUACAGGCGGUUCCUUAGAAACAACUGCUGAAAUUCAGAGAAAGGCUACAAAAUUACUGAAGAAUCCACAUGCAACUUUAGGUUCAUCAAGUACUAUUAAUUCACCAUUCCCAGAGGAUAUUUCUGAUAUAAUGUUUAAGGAACCAUCGAAGGUCCACAAGUCAUUAAAUUUAGAACCAAAUAUGACAUUUGAGAACUUGCAGAAGAGCUCAACAUCUUUUAAGAAUCGAAUGACGACUUUCGAUGAGAAUAAAAUGGAAAUUUCUGGAAUUGAGCCCACAAUAGAGGAUCCUAACGAAUUGCCAAUGCUAAGAAAGUCAAUCAUGGAGAUGUCCAAGAAGAGUAUGUCAAAAAGCCAUUUAGAUCCUGUAAAUCAGUCUGUUAAAAGUCGCCCAACAACUUAUAAUGUCGAUCAAAUGGAUAUUUCAAGAUUGGAAAUUCCAGAACACACAAGUACAGCAAGUUUGAAGGCUUCGAAAUCCUAUCAGAUUCAUGUAUCACCAAAGGAGCUUGCUAAACUCAGUGGAAAGCAAUAUACAGCACCAGCAAGGAUUGAAGAGCCUAAAAAGCGAGUUACAAGCUAUAAUGUUGAUAACAUGGAUUUUUCUGAAUGUGAAUUUACUGCUAUUGGUCAACAGGCGCCAAUUCUUAGAGAUUCUGUAAUUAAAAGUGUAAAAUCGACAUCAAAGAUUCAAAUUUAUACUGAUGAGAAUGUAUCAAUGCAUGAAGAAACUCAAAAUAAGCGUGCAACAACAUACAACAACAAUGACAUGAAUGUUUCAGUUGCAACAACAGACAAGAAACGUGCAACGAACUACAAUUUGAAUGAUAUGGAUUCUUCAGGAGUUGAAGAAACAGCUGAAUUUGAAAAUAGAGUUUCUAUGGGAAAUUUAAAUUCACCAGUUCCUGAUGAUCUAACAGAUUGUGUGCCACGUGAUGCAAGAAUCUAUAAAUCGAUGAUAUUGGAGUCGAACAAACUCAAUUUUGCUUCAAUUAAUGAAACUCACAAGACAUUUGAUGAUCAAAAUUACAAAAAUCGAGCAACAACCUACAAUAUCGACCAAAUGGAUGUUACAAGUAUUGGAACCUCAUCCCAACUUCAAAAGCAAGCUAAUAAUCGUACAACUACUUAUAAUGUCGAUCAAAUGGAAUUAACAACUGUUGAAACCACAUCACAUAUUCCAAUCAAAAAGCCAAGCAACAGUCGCACAACAACCUAUAAUGUCAAUCAAAUGGACAUCUCUAGAACAGAACAAACGUCUCACAUGGUAAAAGAUAUGACUGAAACUCAUACAAAUAUCCCUAAAAUGCAGUCAGCUAUGAAACAAGAUCCAAAACCAGUAAAAAGUAGAGCAACAACUUACAAUACUGAUCAGAUGGACAUUACAACAGUUGGUGCAACGUUACAAGCUCACAAGAACAUUGAAGACACAAUUACUUCCAAUUUAAGGAUUUCGGUGCCUUACCAGAUUCACGUGUCACCAAAGGAAAUGGCAAUGAUUAAUCGAAGCCUUCAAAAAAGUGCAGAAGAAUCAAAUAAACGAGCUACAACUUAUAAAACUGAUGAUAUGGAUGUUACUGGAUAUGAAGCUACAGAUUUAAAGGCACAAAAGACGAGAGAAUCAAUCGUACAAAUUGUUAAGCCACAAAUUGAAAUUUACAAUGAUGAGAAUCUUUCAAUGGAAUUAAAGGAUGACAAUGAACAUGCAAAAAUUGUCAACACAAAUCGAGCAACAACUUACAAUCCAAAUGACAUGAAUGUUUCAGUAGCGGCAAUUGAUAAGAAGCGAACAACAAGCUACAACAUGGAUAUUUCAGGAAUUGAAGCAACAGAUGAAUUUUUGAAAAAAUUUUUGGUUAAUGAAGCAAAGUUAUCUGACAAUAAGGUGGACAUGACUCUCGAAGAGCCAAAAUCAAUUAAAAAUAGAGCAACAACAUACGAUGUUAAUCAGAUGAACUUGUCGAGGGCUGAAACAGCAUCAAACAUGAUAGAACAACCAAAUACAUCAAAUUUAAGAGUACAAAUGCAGUUUAAUGUUCAUGUAUCGCCAAAGGAAAUGGCAAAAGCUAAAAAGGCAGAUCGUGAUGCAAUAAAAUCGAGAGCCACAACAUAUAAUGUUGGUCAAAUGGAUAUUUCUGGAUCUGAACUUAUUAAUCAAGCAGAAGGUGACAAUUUGGUUCCAAAAAUUCAAAUUCAUAAUGACCAAAAUAUGUCAAUGGAAGUAAGAGAAUCUCCGUUGCAUAAAAAGCGUGCAACAACGUACAAUAGAAAUGCUAUGGAUAUGUCAGCUCUAAUGAUUGAUAACAAACGUAUAACAACUUAUCAUGUUAACAAUAUGGACGUUUCAGGAACUCCUGGAUCUUCUGGAUUUUGUGAGCAAUCACUGACUGUAGAAACAGAAGUGGAACUUAAUGAUCGCCGGAAGACAUUUACAGUUAUGAAGAAAAGAGAGUCAUUAAAGUGGCACAACAUAACAGACACAGAGUUAUUGAACAUGAUCGAUGAUGAGUCAAAUCCAUGUGUUCAGGACAUUUCAGCAUCGAUUCCUGUCAGCAAUGAAGCAAGUAACAUGUCAAGAUAUGAUGAAGCUAUAGAAGACUUUAUGAAUUUGACUGUCAAGGCUUCUCCAUUGAAUCAAACAGUUCCAUUAGAGAUGAAAAUAAGACAAAGAAGAGAAUCGCGAGCUUCAUCGCCAGUUCCUGACUACAACAGCAUGUUUGAUAAUUUAAUUGAUGGUCUUAGGAAAAAGGAUCGUCCGAUGCCACGUUUAGAAAUUGAUGAGUUUCUAGAGAUGCUGAAAGUCGAGCCUAUAAAGAUACCAAAUAUUCCACAAAAUCAGGAAGGCUACUUGCAUGAUAAAAUCAUGGAAUUACGUCAAAAACACAAAAAUAUAGCAGAAGAAAAUCGACGAAAGAAAGAUGAACUAAAAGCAUCUCAGCUAAUGCCAGAAAUUCCAACGGCAAAAUUUCUGAUGAAAAAUUACAUUGAAUGCAUGGAAACCGAAAUGUUAAAGGAAAUAGAACUAAGACGACCUGUAAUUGCUCCCGUGUUUCCAGAAGCGAUUGGCUUUGAGACACUGCUAAACAAUAAGUUCAGAACGGACGAGCAAUUAUCGAAAAACUGGAACUUGGAUUCACUUUUCUUGUACAAAGGCGUUUUCAAGUUAACGCACAAAAAAAUGAGAAUGUUUACUGUAAACUUUAGAUGCCAGCAAUUUUUGACAGAAGCUGAUGAAAGCACAAUGCCGAUCAUGUUUAAGAAUGUGUUUCUUUAUUUAGAUCCUGAUUUCCGAAAAUCAUGGUCGACGACUAUGAAGAACAGCUUAUCAAGAAGAGAAUUUCAUCGAGAAAUUCACGGGGUUGAUAAUUUUACAGCAAUCUGCAAAUCAUCAAAUCAAUUAUUUGAAUUUGUGAAUUAUUAUCAUACGGAAGUGAUGAAAGCGAAUGAAAUAGUCGAUAACUUCUUCAAAAUUGUGAAUAAAUAUAAGGCAGUUUUCAAAGUUCAUCAUGUAUACAAGUACGAUAUGGUCCGUAAGAGAUGUUUCUUCACAGAUGAUACAGUAGAUAUAGAGUUCAGCGUGGAGAGCUAUAUUGAAGAUAUUUCAAUAAAAAAUCUAUCGAUAAGUGGACGUGAAUACGAAUAUACUCUGGAACCGCAUGCAAACAUUAGUGAAAUGAAAGGAUUGAUGCUGGUUGAGCUUGUGCUGUUUGAUACUGAAAAGUUCUUGCAGAAUAAUACACGUCGAGUUAAGAUUGAGGAAGAUUAG